AUGGCUUCAUUCAUCACCACAAUGUCUGUCCCUACCCCUGUUCCUACCCCUGCCCUCAUUCAUAACCCUUCUACCCCGGACCCCGAGUGUGAAUCCUUGUCGGCGCAAAUUCCCUCUUUAAGCCUAAGCCCCUCUGUUCUCGCCCAAACAAUUCGCACGUCACACAUUCCUUUUCUGGAACCCCCAUCAUAUCUUUCGCCAGCCGUACGCGCACUUAGAGAAGGCUGCUUUGAACUAACACCUCCCAGCAAUGCGCGCACGAGAGCACCCUUCAAGCCCCGAUCCACUGUCAAGGGCACGAACAGCUACCAACUACGACAAUUCGCCGAGGCCACCUUGGGCAGUGGUAGUCUGCGCAAGGCAGUCCUUCUCCCCGAGGGAGAAGAUUUGAAUGAAUGGCUUGCGGUUAACAUUGUCGACUUCUACAAUCAGAUCAACCUUCUCUAUGGGUCUAUAACUGAAUUCUGUUCACCACAGACAUGUCCGGAGAUGAAGGCAACCGACGAGUUCGAGUACCUGUGGCAAGAUUCAGAGAACUACAAGCGACCUACCAAGAUGUCCGCACCCGAGUAUAUUGAACACCUGAUGAGCUGGGUGCAGAGCAAUAUCGAUAACGAGCAGAUGUUCCCUAGCCGAAUCGGCGUACCAUUUCCAAAGACCUUCCCUAGUCUCCUCCGACAGAUUUUCAAGCGACUGUACCGUGUCUACGCACAUGUCUACUGUCAUCACUACCCGGUUAUCGUACAUCUCGGCCUCGAACCGCACAUGAACACUAGCUUCAAGCACUAUGUCUUGUUCAUUGACGAGCAUAGAUUGGCUAGCGGUAAGGAUUUCUGGGGUCCGCUCGGCGACCUAGUCGACAGCAUGCUGCGAAGCGACUAA